CGACACCUUCCAACAACACUACAGCCAAAAAUGCAUAACGUUAGUUUGUCUGCAAUGUUGUGGAAUUCGGUCCCGCUGAGGUUUGUUUCCCGUCGGCCCGUUAUGCGGUGACGCUUCACAUUCCACACAGCGACCGAGGGAUUCAGAGCCCUCGUCUCAACUGUCUCAACCGGGAAAAAUCGGUGUUUUAUCAAAGAAAUCCACUACCAGCCACGCACAAUGGAAGUGGAGGAUGCCUUAUCGGCUAAGUUCAGGGUCCUGAUUCAAGGGCUCAUGAUGACGACAACCUCAGAGAUAGUCAAAAUAUUCAGCAAAGUCCUGCUGGAGACCAGAAUGGAGAUCACCCGGAGCUGGAGGGAGAUCGACUUGUUGAAGCAGCAGUUGGAGGAAUGUGAGCAGGAAAAAAUGGAGGCCAUCAAUAGAGCUCAGUGGAGUGACUUCAAAAGGGAAGAUGAAGAGAUUGAAGUGUCACGUGUGAAUUCUCAGUCAAACACUAUCAUGCUAGUGGCUGUGGUGAGUGAAAAUGUCAUGUUUUGUGUGUUACAGGGGCCAGAACCAGAGACAACACAGUCAAGCAAACCAGGUACUAAUAAGACCAAGUGCCAAGAGCAAAAAUGCACACAGCCGAAAAUAGUUUGUCCCGCCAAGGUGUCGCGGGUGAAAGGGCGGAAAUCAUCAUCAAGCAAGACCAUAUCACAGCCCACAUCUAAAAUCGUUGCAAAUAAACCAUCUACAAGUGUGGACAUAAUCGCAAAUAACCCAAAAUCAAAGCUGAUGAAAAAAAGGAAAUUAAUCAAAACGCAAAAGCACUCCAAUGAUGUCAGUGUUGCUCGUGCACUUCGAGACCGACAGCACCUCAGCAUGCAGAGGCACUGUCUGUGCUGUUCAUCGGACGAGUGUGACCUCCAGUCAAGCCCCUCCAGAGCCCUGCACCAGGUCCCUAGUGUGUAUAUCUGUCGUAAAUGUGAGAGAAGGUUUAAAACGGACCUCCUGUUCAAGAGUCACAAUUGCCCAAUGCCUCAGAAUUGCAUCAGGUGUGGGCAGACGUUUACUACCCUUCAGGGGCUCAAUGCACACAGUCAGGAAGCUGAGCCUCGGUUCAGCUGCAGUCAGUGUGAGCAAACGUUUUCCACUCAGUGUGCAUUAACUGUGCACAAACGGAUCCACAUCAACCUUAUUGUUCCCAAGGAUAUUAAGGCUAAGAGGUUCGAGGUUCGUCUCCGAAGAAUCUCUGACUCCCAGCUGGAGGCUGCUUUGUCCUCAAAAAGUUCUCUCUUGCAGAAUAACUCUUCAAAACAGGAUCUUUUGAAUGAACCGCAGAAUGCGGCUGCAGCAGAUACAAGUCCUGGAUCUGCAUGCAAACACAGUGCAGAAUCAAUGGCCGGGAAUGUACCCGAGACCAGCGAGACACAACUAUCACCCCAAAGUGUAAUAGAAAGCCUGGACUCAAGGCCAGGAACCCUGUCAGAGUCUGGUGUUGGACAGUCGAGCAUCAGAAAAGUCUAUGCUGUCAUGUCAACUGCUUCCUGCCAAAUUCAGAUUAUUGAGGAUGCAAAUGGAUCAGAGUCACCAGCUGUGCAUGAAUCUGAAAAAGUAACAGAUAAAGGAAACCAUGCCAGUGCAAGUGAUGAGUCAGGACACCGUUCUCCUUCAAGAAAGCGGAAGAAGUCAGAUUGCUCUCAUGAUGCAUACAAUGGCGUGUUUCCUGUUGAAAAUAUUCUGAGAUGGAGAAACAAUAAGGGAAGAAAUGAAGUUUGGGUCAAGUGGAUGCCUUGCACGUUGUGUGGGGCAAAGUUUCGGAACACAUGGGAACCAGCAGAAAACUUUCCAGGCUAUUUGGAUGACAAGAACGAAGAGCUGAAGAAAGACUAGAAGGAUCAAAAAUUAUAUGUUGAUUAUGCUUUUAUGAAGUUCUCUGUUUACACUAUAAGAAUGUAUGCUUUGCAAUGCAGUUAAUGUAAUGAGAUUUUCUUGGCCUGCCAUUUUCCUGUAAUAUACUUUGGUUGGUUCCUUACAGCUACCCUAGAUGGAUGCAUUCAAGUUAAAAAGGUGGCAUUACUCUUUUUAAAUGCCUGAGAUGGAAGUCUUUUUCUUAUUAUAGCUUGUCUUCUUGUGAUCAGCAAAUCAUUUUGUGUAUAAUUUUAGAUAUUUAGUAUUUGAAUGGCUGCCUUGUGUAUACCUCAGUGCAAUCUUUGGUUGAAGGUUUAGUUACAAGUUUACAUGUUUUUUGGUGAAACUUGUGAUUUUUAUUAUUAUUCAGCAAGUUGAUUUAUGCUAUUAAUUGGCAAGAUUGUUUGUUGGUUAAUGACUUACACUACAAGCAACAAUUUAUCACUGAAACACUUUCUGUUUUUAACUAGUAUGUUAUUAUACCAGAGUUGAAGUUUUCUGGUAAAAAGGUGGUAAUUUUACUGGAAAUUCCCACAAACAUAAAUAAACAGUUUCAGACUUUUCAU